AUGACUUUCCCCCAGGAUGGCCGAGGCCGUCGCGGAGCUGGAACCGGUUUCAGCUCCACAGGCAGGCGCACAGCAAUGGGCUAUUAUAUUCCUUUGGCCCUGACUGUAGGAGUUGCCGCAUUGAGUGUUGCUGCCUGGAUCUGGAGUGAACGACACGACAAUGAUGAUCUCCCUGAUGACGGAGAAGACCACCAACGGCCGCCGCAGCCUCCCGGUGCGACUGGUGGCGACUUUCCCCCGCCUGCGUACGACACGGGAGCUUAUGCAAGAGAUGUAGGGACGAAUGUGGCGCCUGGCGAUGCUCAAUACGACCCCGGGUUGAUGGCUCGCAUGCAGGGUGCGUUGCGCCGAACUCCCAGCCCCCAACAGAUCUUUGAUGGCGCCAGUCGCAAAGUCGUCGCAGGCGUGGCUGCCGCGGGUCAGUUUGUCGGGGGUGCACUUACAUCUAUUCGCGAAGAGAACCGCGGUGAUUUUGAAGACCACACGAGAUGGUCCGAAGAGGCGCAAUCCCGGGCGAAUGAGAGAAGCCAACAAACCACUUCAAUGCCCACUAUGAGUGGAGCGCUACCGGGCCGCGCGCCUGGCCAGCAGUCCUUUGAUAAGAAGAAGAAGAAAACUGUUGUUAUUGUUGUAUCCUCCGUAACUCCCUCCGACUCUGAUGACUUUGCCACGGAGCAUGCCUCGAUUCUCUCCCACCUCCCUGAACAUGUGGACUUGGAUACAAGCCGAAUCUUUGUUCUUAUCUAUGCCCCGAGCUUGAAACAUGCCAUUGGCCAGGGAGCCUCAUCGCACCCGACACAGUCAAUUGCCUCAUCAUAUUCCAACAUUGCUACUGAGGAAGCUACCUCUUCUGGUGAACUGGUCGGCGGUGAUAUGACCCGAGUAGAGCCCCACCAGGAGGAUGAGCUUGAAGGGCAGACUCCUUUCUUCCGAACCCUGUACACCCAGGCCCAGGCCCUCGUUGAGAAGGAGACCAUGAUCAUGCCAUUCAGUACACCCAGUGGUUUUGUUCACCUGGUCCGCCAUUUGGCACCGGACUUGGUAUAUGCUCAGGAAUCAUUGACUGGAGAGAAAGGCGAUGCGGUUCAACACAUCUCCGGAUGGGUGCGACAAGUCAUUGUCGUUGUUGGUGAUGAAGGCGGCCGUGGUGGUCUGAUUGACAGUGAUGACGAGUCUGCCCUCGCUGACAACGGAGAGCGAUGGUGGCAAAAAGAAGGCACCACUGGCAUUGGCAAGCGAAUUGACGUGGUCGAUGUCCUUCGUGUUGGAGAUGACUGGCGACGCCGAGUGCGUGGCCUGGACUAA